GCGCGCAUUUCUUGACUGAACCAGUGCGCCCAAUAUGAAGCUCGUCAGGUUUUUGAUGAAGUGCCAGAAUGAGACGGUGACUAUCGAGCUCAAGAAUGGCACAAUUGUCCACGGAACCAUCGCAUCAGUCUCCCCACAAAUGAACACAGCACUGCGAACAGUCAAGAUGACUCCCAAGGGUCGCGACACCAUCGCUCUGGACUCCAUGAACAUCCGCGGCGCUACCAUCCGUUACUACAUUCUGCCCGAUUCGCUACCUCUGGAUACUCUCUUGAUCGAUGACGCCCCCAAGCCCAAGAACAAGGCCCGCAAGGAAGCUGCAGACAGAGGUGCCCGUGGUGCAAGAGGUGGCGGCAGAGGACGCGGUAUGGGCGGCGGUGGUCGCGGAGGUGGCCGUGGAAGAGGCCGUGGCGGCAGAGGUUUCUGAUCAACCAAUCGACCGGAACCAAAUCAAGAAUUACCAACGAUUGGACGCGACAUCGAUUCGACGACAAUCUGUCUUGAAAGAAGCAUUCGGCUGGAACGCCAACCACACAAAUUAUGUCCAACAUUUGCGCGAGCAGGGAAUCACCAAAAGGCGCAGGCAGGGUCA